CUGUCAGAUUGUCGAAGUCUCCAUUGUCUGCCAAAAAUUUGAAAAUAAGUUCUAGAGCACCCUUUAAAAUUAUGGACAGUCCUGAGGCACCCUUUAAAAUUAUGGACAGUCCCGAGGCACCCUUUAAAAUUAUGGACAGUCCCGAGGCACCCUUUAAAAAUUAUGGACAGUCCCGAGGCACCCUUUAAAAUUAUGGACAGUCCUGAGGCACCCUUUAAAAUUAUGGACAGUCUUGAGGCACCCCAUUCCAAAAU